CCUAAAUCUCAACCAAUCGAAUACAACUGUCAAAAAGGUAUUUUAUGGAGUUCCAAUGUGUUUUUUUUUCAUUAUCGAUUUAGGACUAUAUAGUACGGUCUUAGAACGUAAAGGUCAACUCUUUUUUCUCUCUUUUCUUCUUCUAUUUACUACAUACAUAAAACAACAAGAGUUCUAAUUUGAAAGCCCCUGCCGGUUUAAAUCAUGUCUAUUCAUAACAAUCAACCUAGUGGUCUCUCUGCUGAAGACAACUUGAUGCAUCGUACUCAUACCAGCUUGACCGAUGCUCUCGACUCUCAUUCCGAUGUCAAGAAGCCUGUCGAAGAAAAGUGUACCACUACGGCCAUCGAUAUUCCUUCUAUUCUCAAUGAAAAGGAUGAAGUCUUUUCUGAUUGUCAUGAAUCCGAGCAUGUCAAAAAGGCUUCCAAGUUUGGCUUGUUUUAUAAACGACAUCUUCCUUGGUUCCACGGGGCUGAAGUCCUUAUUGCUACCGGGUUUGUAGCUGCCUCUUUUGCUCUUCAGGUCCCUAGAGGUUAUAGUCAAGAAAACCUUAUCUUGGGCUUGAUCUACGGUUUUUUCAUGUGCUACAGGUUCUUUGAUUAUGUACCUUCUCAAUAUGUCUCGGACACUUGGAUGACUUGCGUCCGCUUUGUUGGUGCACCUAUUAUGCGUCUUCCCAAACACAUUCGCUCAAUUGGUUAUGGUCUUCUCGUGCUUACUGUUAUUGUCUGCACUAUUUUCAGUUUGCCAGAGAAUGAUCACUCCACUAGAAUUCAACGUUUAAUUGCCUUAUUCGGUGUUUUUGUCUUCAUGUUUUCUCUCUAUAUCACAUCUGUAAACCGCAAGGCUGUCAAUUGGAAUACUAUCUUUAGUGGAAUUUUAUUCCAGUUCUUACUUGCACUUUUCGUCUUCCGUAGCACGGUCGGAAACGACAUUUUUAAUUGGGCAUCCACUUUUGCACAAGGCUAUCUUUCUAAGGCACAUUAUGGUACAGCAUUUGUCUUCGGUGAUGUUGUUGCCGAUUCCGGAAUCUUUGCUGUUACUGUGUUCCCUACACUUGUGUUCUUUGCUGCCACAGUGCAAAUCUUGUAUUACUAUGGAGCACUUCAGUGGCUUCUCCAAAAAUGUGCAGUGUUCUUUGUCGCGCUCUUACAAGUAUCUGGUGCUGAAUCCGUGGUAGCAGUAGCUUCACCUUUCUUGGGUCAAGGAGAAAACGCCCUGUUGAUUAAACCCUUCUUACCCUAUUUGACUAACUCCGAAAUGCAUCAAGUCUUGUGUUCCGGAUUUGCAACUAUUUCUGGAUCAGUGCUUUAUGGUUAUAUUGCGAUGGGUGUGGAUGGCCAAGCGCUCUUAACAUCCUGUAUCAUGUCGAUUCCUUGCGCAAUCGCGGUUUCUAAAAUGAGAGUCCCUGAGGAAGAUGUUCCUGUUACUGCUCAUGAGAUUCGUGUCCCUCCUAGUGAUGAAAAGCCCGCUAAUGCAUUACACGCCGCCGGUUUCGGUGCUGCUACGGGUAUCAGCAUUGCUCUUUCAAUGAUUGCCAAUUUGAUUUCGUUGCUUGCUCUUUUGUACGCUGUCAAUGCGUUUUUGACGUGGUUGGGCAACUUUGUUUAUAUCGAGGAGUUAACACUUCAGUUUAUUACUGGAUAUUUGUUUGUACCCGUUGCUUGGUUAAUGGGUAUUGAUAACUCAGAUCUUGUGAUUGUCGGUAGAUUGCUAGCUACCAAAAUCUGGGCUAAUGAAUUUCUUGCAUAUCAACAAUUGUCCGACACCUUUAGUAAGGUCAUUACACAUCGCUCCUACAUGAUUACUACCUAUGCCCUUUGUGGGUUUGCUAAUUUGGGUAGUGUUGGUAUGCAAAUUGGUGUAUUGAGUACAUUGGCUCCAAAGAGAAGUGGAGACAUUGCUCGAUUAGCUGUAUCUGCCAUGAUCUGUGGUGCUUUUAGUACUUGGAUUUCAGCUGCUAUUGCCGGCAUGCUUCUUUAAUUUAAUUCGUCUUUCCCUUUUGUACAUAUAUGUCAAUAAUAUUUAAAAAAACAAUAAACUAAUACCACAUCGCUGAAAAAAAUAAAAAGCUAGUUUUU